AAGAGGAUUUCUAGGAUCUAAGAGGAUCCAGUGUUGUUUAUAAGGAGUACUGUAUAUGCUGUUUAAACGUACCCUAACCUCGGGGUCACAUUCCAUCAGGCCAUGCUUUUUAACACAGAACUCUUAACCAGUUCCUGCUUUUUCCAACCUGAAAAUAUUUCUGAACUUGGUUUGUUGUUAUUGCUAUUUAUUUUAAUUUUAUUUUAGGUUUUCUCAUUCUGAACUAGAAAAGCUCUGUCACACUGUUGUCUCCUGACGUCUUGACAGUUGGAAUUCUCUCUCCACCUAUUUCAACAACACUUCAUUAGACCGUUGCCUAUUAGUCCAGAAUGUCGCCACUCGGCUUUUGUCUUUCACUGGGUCUUUGCUAAUUAUAGGAUCCAGUACAAAAUUUUAAUUCACUUAAAGAACCUUCAAUCGUCAGGCUUCUCACUACUUGGUGGAGCUUGCCUUUUUGUUGUACUAUUGGGUCACUGUUGUCUGCUUACCACCUUUUAGACUGACAAUUUAAUCUAUACAAUAUAGAAAACCAACCAUUCACACUCACACCUAAGGACAAUUCGGAGUCCUUAAUAAAAAAAAAAAUUGCAUGUUUUUGAAAUGUGGGAGGAAGCUGGUGUACCUGAAGAAAACCCACACAACCAUGGGGAUAACCUACAAAAGCUGAAGCUGAGAUUUAAACCUCGAACCUCAGAACUGUGCAGCAGACAUGCUUAACCACCAGGCCCAUUACAGUCUGUUGCUCACAAACAGUGGAAUGCACUUCCUUUUGAACAGAGCUGCCUCUCCUAUGGAUUUAUUUAUUAUUAUUUUUUUUUAAAGGCAGCUAAAAACAACGAACACACACAUUUCACUUGUAGUAAUUUUUCAGCAUCAACAAGAAAUUCUGAUUUUUCUGACGUGCAAGUGGAAAAAAAUGCUCUCAACACUUUUUGUGACAGUUGAAUGAUAAAUCUUGGUCAUAGGUGGUACAAGGUUACUGUCUGACAGUGCUGUUUGAGUUCAGUGCAAAGCAAUCUACAGUUAUGGAAAGAAAUGAUUGGACCACCCUUGUUUCUUCAAUCUCUUGUUCAUUUUAACGCCAUUAAAUAAUGAAUGAGGAGCGCCCACUUCACGGAGGAAACUGUUGCUGUUCCAAAAAAAAAAAAAAAAAAAAACAUUGCUGCAUGCUUGAAGUUUGCUGAAGAGCACUUGGAUGUUCCACAGCAUUACUGGCAAAAUAUUCUGUGGACAGACGAGACCAAAGUUGAAUUGCUUGGGAAGAACACACAAUGCCAUGUGUGGAGGAAAAAUGGCACAGCACACCAACCUUAUCCCAACUGUGAAGUUGUGGGAGCAUCAUGGUAUGGGUGUGCUUUUCUCCCUUGGGGCCUGGACAGUUUGCUAUCGUCAAUGUAAAAUUUAAUUCAUAAGUUUAUCAAUAUAUUUUGCAGAAGAACUCGAGGCCAUCUGUCCAACAGUUGAAGCUCAAAAGAGGAUGGGUGUUUAAACACGACUGAUCCAAAACACAGAAGCAAAUCAACAACAGAAUAGCGUCAGAAGAUGAAAAUACAUGUUCUGGACUGGCCCAGUCAAAGUCCUGACCUUAACCCGAUAGAGAUGCUGUGGGAUGACCUCAAGAGACCUAGUCACACAGGACAUCCCAGGAAAUGUCCUCAACUGUAACAGUUUUGUAAAGAGGAAUGGUCCAAAAAAAUUAUCCUGAUUGUCGUGCACGGUAAUGUUUUGGGUCACUAUGGUGACGAGAAAAAGACAAAAAAUUCACAUCCACGGCAAUGCUGGGUAUCUCAAAAAUGCUCGUCGUUUUUUCACAUUGAACAAAGAAGGUCCGGUGAUACAAGGUCUGCUUGGUCACAGCAUGAACCGUGGUAACAACCAUACUUCACCUCACGUUACGGGUGAGUUAUCUAGUCCAGAGAAAGGGAGGAGUGAUAGCAAAACAUGUCUGUCUCUAAACUAUGUUGUACAUAAACACAUAAACUUGUGCAAAAGCGUCACCCGAUGACGUGACUUGUCAGCAAUGCACACAAAUACAAUGCAUUUCCCAUGCAUUUGUUCCAGCAUGUCUGAUCUUCAACUACAGGAAAUAUUUGGUUGAGUUUAUUGCAGCAAGGGAGGGUGAAAGAGUUAUCAAAUCCAAAGGUUCCCUUUUUCCUUCUGUGCUGUAAAUGUUUACAUUAUGCACUAUAACAAAUAUGAAAAGGUUUGGUAAUAAUUAAGCAGACUGUGUAUUCUUGUGAUUUAGAUGAUCAGACCACAUUUUAUGACCAAUUUAUGCAAAAAAUGUAAGAAAUUCCAAAGGGUUCACAUACUUUUUCCUGCCAGUGUAAGCACAGCAGUGUCAGUCAUUGUGGCGAGACAUCCUUAGGUAGAUGAGUAGGGAUUGGGUCUAGCAGGCACGCAGAAGAGUUUGAAGGGGAAGAAGAGGGGCUUGGGGGAGAGGAAACCGUAGAGCUCUGAAAGGAUAAUUGGACAAGAACUGCUCAUGUAUGCAUUUGUCAUUUUCUCUUCCUUAAAGCUUACCGAGCUUGAGGAAAUUGAUGGCGGGAGGUGAUUAAUUUUCUCACUAAUAGUGACAAUUUUAUUGAUUUAAAAAAGUCAUCUUAUUUUCAGAUAUGUACAUACAUGAGUAUUUAUUUUUGUGAUGACUCCUAUUAAUGGCGAUGGCGUGAGGAUGGGAAUCUAUUACUUUAAGCAAAAUGAAGACUAUAAUUUUGCUGUAUUUCUUAAACAAGUCGUUCAAAAGUAAGUCAUUUUGAAGGAAAGUUAAGUGUUUUAGCUUUUGAGUCACUUUUCAAAAGUUGCAGCGCUGCAAAAACUGGUUUUAGCAAAAGACAGGGCCAAAUGUAAACUGUAUUACUUAAUUUAAGCAAAAUGAUCUGCCAGUAGAACGUGAAAAUUGACUAUAAAAGUUGUACAGAGGGAAAAUGCGUGCGUUUGUUUUCGGCUCAAAGUUUCCAAUGUCAUUUAAAUACUACCUACUUACAUGUGUUGCUAAGAAAUCGCAAAAAUCGUUGUUAGGGUAAUCAGAAAAGCAACAAAAGCGCUAAAUGGGCAUCAAUGAAUGUGCCUCCUCUUUAUUUCACAUGACUUCACCCCGCGUGACUCAGUCCAAGUCGCUGGAGAGCAACCGUGACGCCGGAUUGCUUUUUUUUUUUUUUUCUUUCUUUCUUUCUUUUCCCCUCCUCGGAAGUGCCUUUUAAAGCAAGUGACAUCCGCGCCGCUGAGCACACGCGCUCGACGACGAGAAGGUCAACACGCGAGAUGAUCUGGACUGUCUUCCUACUGGUCCAAGUGGUGUUGCUCUUCUUCCUCCUUACGCAGAGAUCCAGGUCCGAGAGUGAUCCACCUCUAGACAAAGGCGCUAUCCCGUGGCUGGGCCAUGCAAUUGAAUUCGGGAAAGAUGCAGCCAAGUUCUUGAAUCGAAUGAAGCAGAAGCAUGGCGACAUCUUUACAGUGCGUGUCGUCGGGCGCUAUGUGACCGUGCUGCUGGAUCCUCACUCGUACGACUGUGUGAUCAACGACAGCGACUCUCUGGACUUUCAGCGUUACGCGGCUGUGCUCAUGGAGAGGAUCUUUGAGCUGCGCCUGCCGCAUCAUCAACCCGUUCACACGAAAGCGCUGAUGAAACAGCACUUCCAGGGAAUGAAUUUGGCCGCCCUAAAUGUCACCAUGAGCAGACACUUGGAGGCCUUGCUGAAAGCUGAGAUGCCUCCAAACCAGAAAUACUGGAAACAGACAGAACUCUUCCACUUCUCGUACUGCCUUCUCUUCAAGGCGGGUUACCUGACGCUCUUCGGAGGGGAACAAAAUAACAACAGUGCCGAUCCUUCGAGCGUCUAUGACGAAUACCGCAAGUUUGACAACCUCCUAACCAAGCUGGCACGAAACACGUUGAAGCCAGAAGAGAGGAGGACAGCCCAGAGUGCUCGUCACAGGUUGUGGGAACUUUUGGCCCCUGCAGGUCAGCCGGAGGACUCGGGGUCAAACGCGUGGAUUCACGCCUAUAGGCGACUUCUGCAGCAGGAGGGAGCGGACGAGGAGACGCAGAGGCGGGCGGUACUCCUGCAACUUUGGGCCACUCAGGGUAACGUCGGUCCUGCCGCCUUUUGGCUUUUGGGUUUCUUGUUGACAAAUCCUGAAGCGCUGACUGCUGUGAGGAGCGAGUUCAAGCAGAUUUCCCAGAUGGAAACAUCAGGCGCUUCCCUCCUCCACUCUCAUGGGAACACUCCGGUCUUCGACAGUGCCUUGGAGGAGACACUCCGACUCACUGCUGCCCCCUUCAUCACCAGAGAGGUAGUGCAGGAGAAGACCAUUCAAAUGGCUAAUGGUCAUGAGUACUAUCUGCGAAAAGGAGACCGGGUGUGCUUGUUCCCCUUCACCAGCCCUCAAAUGGACCCUGAGAUUUACCCAGAGCCGCAGAAGUUCCAGUUUGACCGCUUCCUGAAUAAAGAUGGCUCGGCUAAAAGGGACUUUUACAAAGGAGGCAGAAGGCUGAAAUAUUACACCAUGCCGUGGGGCGCGGGGACCAAUGGCUGUGUGGGAAAGCAGUUUGCCAUCAAUACCAUCAGACAGUUUGUGUACUUGGUGUUGGAUAUGGAUUUGGAAUUGUGUGACAUAAAUGCUCAGAUGCCGGAGAUAGACACCAGCCGUUAUGGAUUUGGGAUGCUACAACCAAAGGGAAACUUGAUGGUGCGCAUUAAAGCCAGGAACAUGCAUUAGGGCUUUACAGUCUAAAUGCAUAUUUAUUUGUACAUGUCAGCGUAAAUGUGCUAGAUACAGCAUAAUGUGUUAAAAAAGAUUUUUAACCUUUCCUAUUUUAUAUAUUUAUAUUGUGAUGUUUUAUAGUUUUUAAAAUGAAAUAAAUUAAAUGUAAAGUG